AUGAAUCAGGACGAGCUCGAGGCUUUCGCAAAUGAGCACCACAUUCCCAGCCUCACCCAACUGUGGGCGGUGGAGCUGGAGGAGGCGCCCGUGUGCAUGGGCCUGAGCCCCAAGGGCCAGCUGCUGGCUGUGGGCACAGUAGAUGACGCCAUCCCAGUGCUGGAUGUGGCCAGCGGCAAGGUGGCCCACACGCUGGCGGGGCACGACGGCGGCACCAACGGCCUGGCAUUCCUGUCUGGCAACAGCCUGGCGAGCGUGGGGGAGGACGGGAGCGCGCGCGUGUGGAAUGUGGCGCGCGCGGCCUGCCUGCACCAGCUGCCCGUGGAUGCAGAUGGGGCAGACAGGACGGGCAGCGGGCACAGCGUUGGCCACCUCACCGGCGCCCCCGGUGCCAAGUCCUUUGCCUGCUCCGCCGGCAGGCUGGUCACCAUCUUCACUCUGGGCGCCUCCCCGCAGCAGCAGCCCUCCCGCCGCGUGCUGGGGCCGCUGGACAGCACGGUUGAGAGCCUGCGGUUUGACCGCCGCGGCAACCUGCUGGCCACCUACAACGGCGGCGUCAGCUACUGGAACUUUGAGCGGAGGGAGGAGGACAAGCAGGAGCUGGGGCUGCCGCACUCGGGGGCCUGCCUGUGUGGCGACGUCACGCCCGGCCUGGACUACAUUGUUGCUGGCUGCCACGACAGCACGGUGCACAUCUACCACUUCAGGCAGCAGCGCAAGUCGGGGGUGGAGCUGCAGGAGAUGACGUGCGGCGGGUAUGAUGGCAAGGUGACGGCGGUGGACUUCAACCCAAAGGGAGACCGCAUGGCAUCGGCGGGCGGCGACAAGAACACGGUGUGGGACUUCAGCGGCAGCCCCACCGGCACCCUGCCCACGCUCACCGCGUGGCAGCCCGACGGCGAGGGCUGGCUGGCGACCGCGGGCAAGGAUGGGCGCCUGCUGGUGUAUGACGUUGAGGCCAAGCUGCCCAUGAGGAAAGGCAUGCCCUUCAUCUGCCAGCCGGGCGCGCUGGGCCUCACAGACGGUGAUGAGGUGACGGCGCUGGUGUUUGCGCGGGACGGUAUCCUGUACACCGGCCACAUCAGCGGCAUGGUGCGACGGUGGGAGCUGCCGCUGGCGGGCAGCAGCGAGGACGGCGACGAGGCGCCGCAGCUGCAGGCGGCGGCAGCGGCACAGCAGCAGCAGCCCAGCCAGGCAACAGCAGCGGAGACGGAACGGCCGUGA